AUGGAUUUCAUGAAGGUCUUCGAUCAAACCGUUCGGGAAAUAAAGAGAGAGGUGAAUCUGAAGGUGCUUAAGGUUCCGGAAAUCGAACAGAAGGUGCUCGAUGCAACCGAUAAUGAACCUUGGGGUCCUCAUGGCACUGCACUGGCAGAGAUUGCACAGGCUACCAAAAAAUUUACCGAAUGUCAAAUGGUCAUGAAUGUCCUUUGGACAAGACUGGGUGAAACUGGAAAAGAUUGGCGAUAUGUAUACAAGGCGUUAGCGGUUAUAGAGUAUUUGGUAGCACAUGGAUCUGAACGUGCAGUUGACGACAUUAUAGAACAUACUUUUCAGAUCUCAGCACUUUCUAGUUUUGAAUAUGUUGAGCCAAAUGGGAAGGAUGUGGGACUCAAUGUAAGGAAGAAGGCAGAAAACAUUGCGUCCCUUUUGAAUGAUAGAGAUAAGAUACAUGAAGUCAGAAAUAAAGCUGCUGCAAACCGUGACAAAUACAUUGGAGUUUCUUCCAGUGGAAUUACAUACAAGUCUGGUGGGUCAGCCUCUUAUAGUAGUGGUGGCAGCUAUCAGAGCAGUGGUAAGUAUGGAGGUUUUGGAUCUAGAGAUGGUGACAGGUUUGGCGAUAACUCUGGAGACAAGGGAUCCUAUGAAGAAGAUUAUCACGGGAAAUCAAACCAUGCCAUUGCAAGUGACAAUCAAGAGAACUCCUUCAAGAAGGGUUCUGCACGCUCUAUUAGCAAAAAUCAGCAGAACAAGUCAUCUAGAGUAUCAAAGUCAUCAACUAACGCAAAUAAUUAUGGUUCAGUUCCUUCUCAAAGUUCAAGUGUACCUGCAAACAAUACGGAGGAUGACAUGGAUGAUUUUGAUCCACGAGGAACUUCUACCAAAGCCUCAGAGGGAAACUCUAACCAAGUUGAUCUCUUUGGACAAGAAGAUUUAAUGGGAGACUUCAUGGAUGUUCCAACCUCUGCACCGGUAGAGAAGCCAGCAACUGUUAAUUUGACGGAGGUCGAUCUUUUUGCAGAUGCAUCAUUUGUAUCAGCACCACCUCACGUGGACAAAGGAGCCAGUUCUCAACCACAGGCUGAGGUGGAUCUAUUUUCUUCACAACCAGCCAUUCCUACAGUUACACCAACAGUUGACUUAUUUUCCAUUCCUGAACCGGUGCAGCCAGACAACAAGCCAGAGAACUCUGGUCCUAUGAAUAACAGCACUUUUGAUCCCUUUGCUGCUGUUCCACUUAAUAAUUUUGAUGGAGCUGAUAUUUUUGGUGAUUUUACUUCUCAAUCUGAUUCUUUGUCUUCACAGCCUACCGAUAAUGUUGUCAGUGAUGUCAAACAUGAUAUCGCUGGUAAGUCUUUAGCAGACUCUAAAGAUAAAAAGGAUACGUUCCAGGUGAAGUCUGGUGUCUGGGCAGAUUCACUGAGCCGCGGACUUAUUGAUCUGAAUAUAACUGCCCCUAAAAAGGUAUCCCUGGUUGAAGUUGGGAUUGUGGGUGGCUUGAGCGAUGGAUCCGACGAGAAGGAGAAAGGCCCUCCACCCUCAUUUUACAUGGGAAGAGCUAUGGGUGCAGGAUCUGGUCUUGGACUUAAGUCUGGAUUUACUCCUUCACAACCAUCACCUGGAGAAGACAUAUUCUCAAGCCUUGGCACCCAACAAUAUCAAUUUGGUGGGUUCCAAAAGCAUGGGAAAAGGAAUCUCCAGUAA